CUUCCUCCUCGUCUCCUUCGUUUCCCCUAAUGUGCUGCCUCCUCUGGGUUGUUGACAUUUUCCUAGCUGCCUGCGUUGUCACCUCUGUUCCUGCUGUUUCUGCUGGAUCAUCUUUUCUGUCACUGCGCCAGCCCCUGCCAGAGGAAGUGUGACAUUUUAAAAACAUGCACUGAUCGUUGGCGGGAAUAUCCAUUCUUUGUCCAAGAAUAUCGUAGGUGGGAUUAAUGGCUCAUGAUUCGGGCAUGGAUAUGUAUGGGCAGGAGCCCCAACGAAGGUCAGAAAUUUACACAUAUGAAGCCCCUUGGCCUAUAUAUGGCAUGAACUGGAGUGUUCGCAAAGACAAGCACAUGCGUCUCGCUAUCGGAUCUUUUCUCGAAGAUCAUCGCAAUAAGGUGGAGAUAGUUCAACUUGAUGAUGAGACGUGCGACUUCAAGGCAGACCCUAAGCUCUCAUUUGAUCAUCCUUAUCCUACCACCAAAAUUAUGUUCAUUCCUGAUAAAGAAUGUCAAAAACCCGACUUGCUGGCUACCACGGGCGACUAUCUUCGCAUAUGGCAGAUCCAUGAUGACAAGGUGGAAUCUAAAAGUCUACUCAACAACAACAAGUAUAGUGAAUAUUGUGCCCCUCUGACUUCGUUUGAUUGGAACGAGGCUGAGCCCAAGCGACUGGGAACAUCAAGCAUUGAUACCACGUGUACUAUUUGGGAUAUUGAAAAAGAGGUGGUGGACACCCAACUUAUAGCCCAUGACAAAGAAGUUUACGACAUUGCCUGGGGAGGUGCUGGUGUCUUUGCUUCCGUCUCUGCGGAUGGUUCUGUCCGUGUUUUCGAUUUAAGAGACAAGGAACAUUCAACGAUUAUAUAUGAGAGCACACAACCCGACACGCCUCUUCUACGAUUGGGAUGGAACAAACAGGACCCUCGAUACAUGGCUACCAUCUUGAUGGACAGCUCAAAAGUGGUGGUUCUGGAUAUCCGAGUGCCGACUGUACCAGUUGCAGAGCUGCAGCGGCACCAAGCAUGUGUUAAUUCUGUCGCCUGGGCUCCUCACAGCCCUUGUCACAUAUGCACUGCUGGAGAUGAUUCCCAGGCUCUUAUUUGGGAUUUAUCAUCGAUCAGCCAGCCUGUAGAGGGCAAUUUGGAUCCAAUAUUAGCAUACACUGCAGGAGCUGAAAUCAAUCAGUUGCAAUGGUCUUCAACACAACCUGAUUGGGUUGCCAUAGCCUUCUCCACCAAGCUCCAGAUACUACGUGUUUGAUGUUUGCUAUUCGUCUUCAUCUAUCGAUAAAGGUUAUGAUUAGCCACAGGGAAGUAUCUUUUGCAGAUUAUUUAUAUUGAGAUCUGUCGUAGACUAUGUGAUAUAUUCAUGAAGGCUGGGAUUUGAAAUUUCCCUUCCGGGAGAUGUCAUGUCAAGCUUUGCUCUGUUGGGUCCCAGUAGCACAGUUUAUUACAAACCUGUAGUUCAAAGAGUUACCACCUGAAACCAUUGUAUAAUCAGGUAACCUUUCCUUAGAUAAGCAAACCAUGAUGUCCUCUGUUGUGAAGCUUCAACAGAGGUUUCUUUGUUGUUUGGGCUUGCAGGCUGUAAUUCGCACCUGGUAUGGUUUCAACCUUUGAAGUUAGAUGUUGACGCUGUACAUAAAGGUCAGAACCGCAUUUCCUUGAUACUCUUGGUCUACGUGUUUUAAAUAUUUUCUGAAGUGCAGGUGUUAGCUGAGGACAUAGAAAACUCUUAAAUUUGUCCGUGGAAUUUUAUUUGGUGCUGCAUCUGUCUGCUUUUUCUUCUAACACAGUAUAGUCUGGGUCUACUUCUCAGACACUCACUCAUCCAUCUACUUUGAGUACAGCAUUUUGACGUAGAGAAUUACAAGGGCGUGGUGGACGCCCGCAUGGCAGUGGACGCGGUGUAAGCGUUCGCACUAGGGUAGUAUUCACAGUUCUGAGAUGUUAGAUGGGUUGUACUUGCAUCUACUGUAUCUACCCUUGUUUUUCAAGUAUUGUCUUUUCUA